GAGUGCCGUCCCCAGAGGCCAGAACACCCUCGCCAUCACUGCAUUCCUCUCCGCGAGAAAUUGGAGCGAUAAGUAGGAGAGAAAAAUCGCAUCCUAAUUUUCGUGGCUGGGCGUUGAUUUUAAUAGUGCCCCCCCUUCUGCUAUUCCAGCCUGCAUCCUCCAUUCCUUCUCGGACAGAGCAAUCCGUAAGCUUUGCCCUGAGAUACCCACAGAGGGAGAGAGAGAGAGACCUUCUUCCUCUGGCUUGUUGAUGAUGGAAGUCCAGGCAAAGGAGACGAAAUCUUCCUCCAGGUUUAGAAGGAUAUGUGUAUUCUGCGGGAGUAGCCCGGGGAAGAAACCAAGCUAUCAGCUUGCAGCUGUUCAGCUCGGUCAUGAAUUGGUGGAGAGGAACAUAGACUUGGUCUACGGUGGUGGAAGUAUAGGCCUUAUGGGUUUAGUGUCACAGGCAGUGUUUAACGGCGGUCGCCAUGUCCUCGGGGUGAUUCCCAAGACUCUCAUGCCCAGAGAGAUAACUGGUGAGACCAUAGGGGAGGUGAGAGCCGUAUCUGGCAUGCAUCAAAGGAAGGCAGAGAUGGCUCGGCACGCAGAUGCCUUCAUUGCCUUGCCUGGCGGUUAUGGAACUUUGGAAGAGCUACUGGAAGCUAUCACUUGGGCUCAGCUAGGCAUACAUAACAAGCCAGUUGGUUUGUUGAACAUUGAUGGGUACUACAAUUGCUUGCUAUCCUUCAUCGAUAAGGCAGUGGAAGAGGGAUUCAUUGACCCGGCUGCCCGUAAUAUUAUCAUCUCUGCACAAACAUCGCAUGAGUUGCUGUCCAAGCUUGAGGUAUGUACGUGGACAACUUAGCGUACAAGCUUGUAUAAGAAUUAUUACAUUGCUAGUAUAAAUUUGUAAUAUUUA